CCCCCCGCCGCCGAUGAUGAAAGUACGGUUCGGACGACUCUGAAACCCCAAGUGAAGCACCUCAAAGGCCGCCAAACGGCCCCUCCAACCGGAACCAACACCAAGUUGCCAACCCCUCUUCUGGCGGAAAUCUCAUCGGCCUCAUCCCGGUACGGCACCCAAACAUCCGAUCCAGAGCCCUUUGCCGCUUCCCACAUGAUCAUGCGGGAAGCUCCUGAAAGUGUAAUGCGAAUUGGGCUAUUGGAGGACGAAGAAGAGAGUUAG